UCUUAGCAGUUGGCAGUGUAGCAGCGUUAACAAUGUUCACCAAAUUCUUACAGUUCAGUUUUCUAGCGUGGCUGAUCGUUUUGUGCAAUGCUGAAGGGAAAAGAAUUUCUCAAAUAAAAUGCGAAGAGUACAUCAAUGACACAACAAUCACUACCAGUGUUAUCUACAUGACACUUUAUCCGGUUCCGAUGAAAAUAAAAUACUACAAUUGCUCGAAAUCCGUGGACCUGAUAGUUGGUGGAGAAAACGCCAAAAGAGGGGAAUUCCCUCAUCAUGUGCUUCUUGGGUGGGAAACCGAUACUCCCCAGGAAUACUUAUUUGACUGUGGUGGAACGUUGAUCAGUGACCGAUAUGUGCUAACGGCUGCUCACUGUACUGGGAAAUUAUCCGUUAAGCAUCCUCAACCCACAAUUGUGCGUUUCGCUGAAUUGAAUUUGAUGAACGACAGUAUCGAUCAAUUCGAUGUACAGAUUGACGGUAUUCUGAAGCACCCGAAGCAUCGCUUUGGUCGAUCUUACAAUGACAUAGCGUUGGUUCGACUGAAGCAAAAGGUAAUCUUCUCCAUGCUUGUUCAACCUGCCUGCUUGUGGGAUGAUACGAACACGAACGUUUCAUCUGUCAUUGCGACGGGUUUUGGAAAAACGAACCCUUUCAAUCUGGAGGGAUCCAACACGCUUCGUAAAGUGCAGCUUAAUGUUCAGAAUUCGAGUGAAUGUGACAAGCAAUUCCGUGCGACUAGAGGUUUCAGGGAGGGAAUGGCGGACCAGCAGAUGUGUGUCGGAAGUAGAGAAGAUAACCGAGAUACGUGUCAAGGCGAUUCGGGUGGACCGAUUCAAGUGCUGUUGAAUCCCAAAGGAUGCAUCUACCAUGUGAUUGGUAUAACAUCGAUUGGAUCUGUGUGUGGGAAAAAGGAACCGGCUGUUUAUACCAAGGUAGCCAGCUAUCUUGACUGGAUCGAAAGCGUCGUAUGGGGAUCAUGAUUGUUUGACUUGGGUAAAUUGGACUAAUACCUUAUUGUUUUUGGAAUAAAUAUAUUAUAAAUAAAUCACAUUUCAAGCAACUUUGCUGAAGAUAUCAUGUGUUUA